AUGGAAGAGGAAUAUAUUGCAACUGAACAUAUUCUACCCGAAAAAGUAGCUAAGAAGCGAUUAGCAAUAGACGAAUCAGAAUCGCGAGUUGGAGAUUCCAUCGAAAUUGUAGACUCGAAUCAAAGCUUGCUGGCGCCAAGGGCAAAGCGCAUUAAGAGUGAAAUACGGAAAAUUGCUGUACCUCCGCACAGGUAUUCGGCGUUGAAGGAAAACUGGAUGAAAAUAUUUACGCCAAUAGUUGACAAUAUGAAGCUACAAAUACGCUUUAACACCAAAUUGCGACAAGUGGAAAUUCGUUCAAGUUCCGAAACUCCAGAUCUGUCGAAUCUUCAGAAAGGCGUAGAUUUUGUAAAGGCUUUUCUUUGCGGUUUCGAUGCUGAUGAUGCUUUAGCUCUACUUCGCCUAGAUGACUUGUUCAUUGAAACCUUUGAAAUUAAAGAUGUGAAAACUUUGCGCGGCGACCAUAUGAGCCGUGCUAUAGGACGGUUAGCUGGAAAAGGGGGACGCACGAAAUUCACAAUUGAAAAUGUCACAAAAACGCGUAUUGUUUUAGCCGACAGCAAAAUUCAUAUAUUAGGCGCUUAUCAAAGCAUACAACUUGCCCGCCGUGCCAUCUGUAACUUAAUAUUGGGAUCCCCACCAAGUAAAGUUUAUAGUAAUCUACGCUCAGUGGCUGGCCGUAUUAGCGAAAAAAUAUGAUGAAUUCAAUAUUA